UACGGGACGUCCCCCAGGUCCUGUACAGCUCGAGGUCCACGCUUAUUUUGGAGUUUCACACCCAGCGAUCUUCUUCCACUAAUGCGACCGGCUUUUUUGGAAAUUUCCACUUCAUCGAUAGGCGACUGUUCGAGACGGACGGCGUGUUGAUUCCCGGCACGAUGUGCGACCUCGAGUUUGUCAGCUCGCAAUCAAAACGGCAAUACGGCCGCUUCUACUCGCCACGGUACCCGUCCUCCUACCCAAAGAACAUCCGGUGCUCGUACCUCUUCCGGGCAAGGUUAAAGGAGAGGAUACGUUUAUUUUUCGAAGAAAUUUCUUUACAAAAGGGAGACUUGAGUUGCCUGAAUAGAGCGGAUUUAAUCAGAGUGCACGACGGUACGGAUUCAGGGGCGGCCACAAUAGCUAUGCUGUGCAACCAAGGAGCGGAAGUGGAAGUGCUCAGCACAGGGUCGGACCUGUACGUCGAGUUCGUCGCUAAUUCCGAGUGGCCGGGCCAGGGUUUCAAGGCGAUGUUCCAAUUCCAGCCAUUCGACGAUGCACCGCAUCCUGAGCCGGACAAGGUCGUCCCAGGGGCCGUUACCGGUAACCCCAAGUACUCGGUCAUCGGACCGGCUGUCAGCGCUACCACGUCAUUCUGCGACAUGGUUCUCAACAGCGACACGACGAAGACGGGGGUGGUCACGUCGCCGGGAUAUCCGAAUCCUUAUCCACCGAGGACGCACUGUACGUACGAGUUCCAGGGACGGGGAAAGGAACGGGUCCAAUUGGUAUUCCACGAUCUCAACUUGUAUCAUACGUCGAACACGGCGAACGAAUGCGAGGGCGUGGACUCCUUGAUGGCGUACGUGCACAUAGACAGAAAGAAGGAGAAAAUAGAUUCGUUCUGCGGCGAGAAACCGGCACGGCCUAUCAUGAGCAACGGACCACGUCUUUCUUUGGAAUUUAACGGCAUCACGUCAUCCCGCCAGUCCCCAGGCUUCAAAGCUGUAUAUACCUUCACGGAAAACUUUGGUAUUACGACAGGCCGACAAGAGGCGCAAUAUCCCUGUGCCUUUGUAUACAACAGCAACGAGACACGAAACGGCACGUUCACGUCGCCCAAUUACCCGGGCUUGUAUCCACGCGACACCGAAUGUCAUUAUUUCUUCAACGGACAGCCGAACGAACGAAUCCAUCUUCAUUUCCAUUUCUUCGACGUGGAGGGUGUGAUGCCGUGCGAACCAGUGUCCGCGAGCGAUUUCGUCGAAUUUUCGAAUUUCAUGUCGAGGGACCGGAAGUACUCGAGGCAUUGCGGCCAACAAAAGGAGUUCGACGUGAACAGCGACAGAAAGUUCUUUCGCGUGACGUUCAAGAGCAACGAUAGAUACGAUGGGACAGGAUUCAACGCUAGCUACGUGUUCAUGGAUGACGAGGGAAAUUACACGACAAAGCCGCCGACGAGUAACGCGUCAACGUUAAAAGGUGCAACGAUGAUGAUGCUGUUCACGAGUCCCCUUCUUCUCCUUCUCUCUUCCGGCCGAGUUUCACCGCUUUAAUCACGAUCAGUAAGUUGGACGGGAUGGUCUUGGCUCAAUUUACAACGAACUAUAACUUGGAAGACGGGGAGCCAUCCAAAAUCCUCCAUUAUUCGGGGGGCAGCCGAGGAGAGUGGCCGCAUCGUUUGCAUCAACGUGAAAAUUGGCAAGGGGAGACACACCGAAGUGGAUGGAGGGAUCUUCGAGGGAGGACACAUCCGUGAUUCACUUAUUAUUAUUAGAAACCUUAUCAACGCGACCACCGAUUAUUACCUCGUUCUCUUCCAUCACCGUCGCGUCGUGGAUGGCGAAAAAGGCGAUGUAUCGAGGAGAGAUUCUCGAGAACUCUCUAUGAACAUGCUAUGAAAUUUUUGAGAAGAGUGUAUGGGAUUAUUAAUCGAUAUAUAUAUAUAUAUAUAUAUAUCCUCGGAUAUUUAUCCUCGGUUUCGUUUCAUCGAUUGUUCAAAAAUAAUAAAUAAAAAAAAAAAAAAAAAAUAGACAAUCUUUUCGCGAAUCUUAUCGAGCGAAAAAAUUUAAAAAAACAUCGCGAAACCGAUGAUGAUUCUUUAAAUCAUCGAUCGAUCGUUGCCUUACUUCUUCUUCUUCUUCUUCUUCUUCUUCUUCCGUCGAAUUCGAGUUUAGAUCGAGAAAGCGGCAGGAAAAAAAAAUCUCGUCUAAAAUAUCCAUACAUCCUAUACUAUACAUACAUCGCAUGCACUCGCUAAAAGAUCUCAUAACGUUUCAUAAUAUUAUAACGAGCUCGAGGUGAUUUAGUAUACUUGACGAAUAAGAGAGAGAGGAUUAUUAUUACGCGUACGAAGAGAGAGAGAGAGAGAGAGUUGUAUGAAGAAAUGGUACGAGUCUAUAAUUUGUUGUAUAGAAUUGCCCGAAAGUGCUGAAUUGUUAAUUGUUCUCCUCCUCGUACGGAAACGAAUUUAUUCAAAUCCCCUGUAAACUAUUUAUCCGAAGGAAUUUAUUCGAAAGUCAUAUAACGUAUAUAUAUAUAUAUAUACAUAUACGACGAAGAGAGAAAAAUAAGAAGAAAAAAAAAAAAAAAGAAAUUCGCCUUCCUACAGUGACGCUAAAAAAAAUGUAUUUAUCAUUACACAUCCUCUAUACGACUGUGAUGUUUCCAUUCCUUCUUAGUUCGUUAGAAUACAAAGUCUGAUUAUAUACGCGAAGAGGAAUAAAAGAGGGGGGGGCAAGGGGAUUCGUAACGAUAAAUCGAAACCGAAAAACAAAUUAUCGUGUUGAUAUAUAUCGACUUCGAAAAGGAAGAUGACCAUGAUGAAAGACGAAGAGGGAAAAGUCGUGGGAACGUCGUUCGAAUUCUCCACGAAAAUGGAGAACGUUCCAGGAGGAAGUUCGUGCGCGUGUUCCAAUAUUGAAACGAGUAAUAAUAAUUGAUGAUCGAAUAGAAUUCGAAUUCGACGAGUUUAAACAUAAUCACGGACUAUUACAUUACGAGAGAAAAGUUUGAAAUAAUUUUCCGAACUUCGCGCAAUUUAUAAUUGACGAGAUCUAAAGAAUAUAAGAUUUUCGAAUAUAAUUUUGGACAAAAUAUUAUUCCGUUAUAUAUACGUGCAUAUAUGUGUGUAUAUAUAUAUAUAUGUACACGCAUUUGCACAUUGAAUAUUCGCAGCUAACACUUCGAAACUGUAUGAAUUUCAAUUUCUUGCAGCUUAACUCCUUCGAUAUUCCGUUUCCCCCUGGAUAAACCUACCAUUGGACUAACAAUGAAACGACACUUAAACGAUAGUUAGUUAGAUUCGAAACGGAAACAAGGGAGGGAAUGUUUAACGUAGGAACGUGCAAGGAGGGCCCGCGGUUUUAAUGAAAGAAAAACAGUGGUAAGAAGUUGGAGGAAGGUUGUUGGGAUGAAAUACGAUACACAAAAAAACUUUCGCUUGCGUUCAAACUUUCAUCCAUUUACGCUCGACGAUCAAUAAAGAUAAAUGUUUAACGACCGAUGCGAGAGAGAGAGAAAGAGAGGGGGGAAAGAUAAUGAUGACGAUAAAGGGGGAAAUGCAUCGGCGCAUCGGAGGUAGAAAGUCAUUAUCAACCGAGUUAACGAUAGUUUCGACAAACUUUGUAACACAAAGGUUCGCCACUUUCCCGGAAAAUUAUUUCAAACUAUAUAAACCGGUCAAACUGUAAACUAUAAGCCAAAUACUACCCACUUUCUCGAGCUUGUCCGUGUGGCGUAGAGUAAAUACUCGAGGCCACCAGCAACGGGAGUGGAGUUUUUUUUUUUUUUCAAUCCGUUGUUAUUAACCCGACCGUCGAAUCGAAGGUAUCUCGGUCAAAUAAAUAUAUAUAUA